AUACUCAGUGACUCGCUCAAUCACGCAGCCGGCCUCCGCCUCCAUAUGAUCCUCCCCCGCCGGCGCCUCUUCCACAAUCUCCUCCUCUAAUUCUCUCUCCCUACUUUCAUCAAACACGUUCAAAACAAAGCAGCUCCAUGACUCCCUCCCUUCUCCUGCUCCUUCUCCUCCUCCCUCAUUUUCCCCACCCCACCUCCUUCUCCUCCACCGCCUUCUGAAUUAACGUCCCAAUCCAAAACCACCAGCAAUGCUAGAUCUCAACCUCGGGUUCGUCUCCCACGACGUCGUUCCCGAUUCCCACCACAAGCUUCUCUCCACCACCCCUAUCGAAAGCUCCGAAAGCUUCAACUCCUCCUCCAACCUCACCCUCGCCGGCGAAGACGACGACAACUCCGCUACUCUCAACUUCCUUGCUCCGAACGACGACGUAUCCGCUAAUCACUACGACGGUCGGAGGACUAUCCAGCUCUUUCCGCUCGCCCAAUCCGUACGCUCUUCUUCGUCGUCGUCGGCUUCUAAGAAGCAGUGGCUGGGACGAUCGUCCGGUUCCAGAUUGGAGCCGAUUUACUAUGCUCCUGCGGAGCAGAGGAUUGCGCCACCGCAGCAAGUGAAGAAGAGCCGGAGAGGGCCCCGGUCCCGAAGCUCGCAGUAUCGGGGCGUUACGUUUUAUCGAAGAACCGGGAGAUGGGAAUCCCAUAUUUGGGAUUGCGGGAAACAAGUGUACUUGGGAGGAUUUGACACUGCCCAUUCUGCUGCUAGGGCGUAUGAUCGAGCUGCGAUCAAAUUCCGUGGAACUGAGGCUGAUAUUAACUUCAGUGUCAGUGAUUAUGAGGAUGAUAUUAAGCAGAUGAGUAAUUUUACAAAGGAACAAUUUGUGCAUAUCCUGCGCCGCCAGAGUACCGGGUUCUCUAGAGGAAGCUCGAAAUUCAGGGGAGUCACAUUGCACAAAUGUGGCCGCUGGGAAGCUCGUAUGGGCCAGUUUCUGGGCAAGAAGUAUAUAUACCUUGGCCUAUUUGAUAGCGAGAUUGAAGCUGCAAGGGCAUAUGACAAGGCUGCCAUUGAGUGCAAUGGAAGAGAAGCAGUUACCAACUUCGAUUCAAGCUCAUAUGAUGGGGAGUUAAUGUCUGAGGCCAAUAACAAGGGUAUUAUUGUUGGCAGCCACCAAAAUCUUGAUCUGAACUUGGGAAUUGCUCCCCCUUUCGUUUCUGAAAUCCAAAAGGAGAACAUCAAUUUGAGCAGCUUUCCUUUUCAGCUAGGCUGUGACGGCAUUCCUAUUCACACAAGAGCAAGGAAUGUGAACUCUGUUCCAGCACCUAUGAGGUCUCAACUUUCUCAUGGCUCAAUGGUGGCGUCUGAGGUGCCUCCUAUAAUGAGCAACAUGAAUUCCAGUUUCCUUCCCAUUCAUAUGGAAAGAGCUAUGGAGAAGAGUAUGGAUGUUAACUCAUUUCCCAGUCGGGCUUGGCAACUCCAAGACCUGAAUGGCCGGCCAACUUCCAUGCCACUCUUCUCUGCUGCAGCAUCAUCAGGAUUCCCUUCUUCAACAGCCACUUCAUCGUCAUCAGCUGUCACUCAACUUCAUUUCCCUAACAAGGCGAUUCUCCGCCACCAUUUUUCACCGCAUUCACCACCAACACCCCCCAUUUUUAUUGCAGAGGCUGAAAACCAGAAGCAGUUCACGAUCGGAUAGUAUUUCAGGGGAGAAUGUUGUCUCGGACUAUUUUGGGGGCAAAGUAACAAGGAAAGAUCAAAAGAAGUUUAGUUAUCAACUUUAUUUUGCUUGCAUUGCAUAAAGCUUAUGAAAUCGAGCAUCGCAGUCUUGUGGCAUGGAAAAACUGCGGUAGCUUUGCCUUAGGCCGGCGACGAUCAUAGAUUUGCGGUCGCAUUGUUCUCCAUGCUUCAGUUGAGGGUAUAGCAAAAAUGUGCUUUCGGCAGCUUACAAUAGUUCAAUUUCAAAUCUUGUUUUACUUAUGAAGCGUUUGUACUUUGUAGUAACUUUAGCAUGAAUGCGAAUCCUUUAUAUAUUUUUCUGAUAUCCCA